GCGGAACUAAAUUUAGCGGAAGCUAAUUGGUCCGGAUUAGCGGAUUGUGCCCAUCACUAGACUCACUGAUGGUUAAUCUCAACGUUACAGGCUAGCCGACAGUGAAAAAUAUCAGGUCAACAGGUUUAUUCUUAGGUUUAUUAUUUGAUCUUCCUUAUUGGUGAUAAUACUAUUUACUAACGAAAUUGUUCUUUGAUCUUCAUAACAGAAAUUUCGUUAGAAAGAUACUUUUCGUUGUUUUCAGCAGUAGUGGGAUAAUCAUGUCAGGCCACCCUGUGCCUAUCGUUGUUCAGACGAAUGAUAGUCUAAAGUUCGAGCUGGACGAAGACGCCCUCAAAAGCAUUCUGCUGAAUUCUGCAGUGGGCGACAAACCCGUUUGUGUGGUGGCCGUGGCGGGGGCGUUCAGGCAGGGCAAGAGCUUCCUCAUGAAUUUACUAGUGAAGUACUGCGCGAAUAAAGGCUCAGCAAACUGGUUAGGCAAUCCAUCGCAGCCACUCGAAGGAUUCGUCUGGCGAGGGGGCAUUGAUGGAGAGACCACCGGAAUCAACAUCUGGAGCGAGCCUUUCGUCUUCACCAAACCGACUGGAGAAAAAGUGGCAGUGAUUCUUAUGGACACUCAAGGAACGUUUGACUUCAAAACAUCCAUGCAGGAUUCAACCUUCAUCUUCGCCCUGACGCUGCUGACCUCCUCCGUAACUGUGUACAAUCUGAUGAACAACAUCCGCGAGGACGACCUCAUGAACCUGCAGACGUUCUGCACCUUCGGAACCUUGGCGCAAAACUCUAUCAACCAAAACUCCUGCGCAUUUCAGAAGCUACUCUUCCUUGUACGAGACUGGAACUUUCCAAGGCAGUAUCCAUACGGCCACCAGGGCGGCAAAACUGUACUCAAGAGAAUUUUGACGGUAAACGAAGAUCAGGAGCCAGCGCACCAGGAUAUUAGAGAAGGACUCGGCAAGAGUUUCGAGGAACUGGAGUGCUACCUCAUGCCGCACAUCGGCAUGCGUGCCAUCAGGGAUGAAGACUUUGAUGGUCAACUAAAUCAAUUGGACGAGGAAUUCGUGGAGCAUAUGAAGCUGCUGGUGCCUCGCCUGCUGGCGCCUGAGAACCUCGUGGAGAAGCUCUCAGCUGCGCAGAGUGGACAACCCGCCACAGGGGAGGAGCUGGUGCGCCUCUUCAGGACCUACAUGGCGGUCUUCAGAGAGCGUCGUGCAGUUCUGCCGACCACCCUCGUUCAGAUAAUGGUGCGCGUCAAAAGCGAUGAGACCUGUAAGAUGGCAUUUGAGCUUUACAAAAGAACAAUGGAUUCGAAAAUCGAAUCCCGUGGACGAUCUCUUGAAGAUUCUUUUCUAAACAGCUAUCACUCAGAGUCAAAAAGAGUUGCUAUUACAGCUUACAACACGGCAAACCAAUACGCCAGAAACAACGCUUCGUUUGCAACUGCAGCUGAAGUUAGGGAAAUCCUUGUAAUGAACAUAGACGAACACUUCAGGACCUAUGUUCAGAAGAACGACGAAAUGAAGCUGGACGAGGUUGGGUCGAGGUCCAGAUUGUACAUACUUGGAGGUCUGGCGGUUGCCGGUGCAACUGCGCUGAGGGCAGGGGUUCUGACCGCGUCAGGAGUGAGCCUCGGGCCCGUGGUCGCAACAGCCGUUGGAGUUGGAUCUGUGGCCCUCAAGGCAGUUCCCUGGGCCGCGAAGAGCAUUUACGCUCGUUUCUUGCAACGCGGCCGGUAAAAUAAACAACAGUGAAAACGUCAUUUGAAACAUUUCUUUUGGCGGUUAAAACGAAACAAGUUUAAUUGAUAUUAAUAGUAAUAUUAUUAUUAUUACAAUAAUGAGUAAUAAUGUUUGAUAUUCUACGAAUGACUUUCUGGAAGGCUCAUAGGGUGUGAAAAUUGACUAUUCAGAUGCAAUUUACUUAUCUAUAUGUAAGAGGAUUACAUGAAUGCGAUCCAAAUUAGUUCUCUACUUUUAUAUAUAAUAUUUACUCAACACAAUGAUAUUACACGAGCACCAAAAAUCACGCUGAUCAUGUACCCUAGUAUGCUCCUGUGCUCCUGUCAUUCAUCAACUUGGUAAGAUUCACAGACAUGGCCGCACUUUCAGAGUGAACAAAUAAA